GCUCUUCUCCUUCUUCUGAAUCUGGGAGUCUGACAGCAAAGCUCUCGCCGGCCAACGAACCCAGGGGGAAGACUUGACUUGAGCAUUAAAAACAAGGAGAUGCGGCAUCGCGACCACAUGGAAAUUGCAGGGAACUAGCCAACAACACCACCUCUCCCCGCUUGUGGCAUUGGGCAAGAGAGUCGCCUCGAGAUUUCCUGCGAUUCUAGGCUUCGCACGAGAUCAGUAGCGCGUCGCUGCGGUUUGCAGGCGUCGCAGCACUGGAUUCAAGUUCAAGAUCCCAAAAGGUUUCCCCCAAAUGCACUCUCUGUCGGUGGUUUUUAUCAUUGGUCAAAUCUGCUUCGGAAAAGGUUAUGAGUGAAUCUGGAUGCAUUCUUAUUGUUGGGUGAUUGGGGAAUUCGGCCAUGUGUUAAUUGGAGUCUACGAGUGCUACUUGGAUCACUGAUUGGGAAAGGAGAGGAUAGAACGUACAUACAAGUAGUGAGAAGGUAAUACUUGAAUAAUUAUCAAGUGAGUUAUGAUCGAGACAAUUCUAGCAGGCUUCACCAAAGAUGUUGUCAAGUCACUUGGCAAAUUAGCCACUGACGAACUGUCCAAAGUACUGUAUGUAAAAAAUGAGAUCGAAAAACUUAAGAGUAAACUUGAGCAUAUCACGACUAUCAUCAUGGAUGCAGAGCAGACAAUUGUACAACAUGCAGCCACCAGGGAUUGGCUGAAGAAACUGAGAGAAAUUACUUAUGAGGCAGAAAACAUAAUUGACCGCUGUAGGAUUGAAGCCGAUAGACCCCAAUCACAACCACAGGAGUGCAAUCCUUCGUCAGCCUUCAAGUGUUGCAGAGAUGUUGCUAUUAACUACAAGAUUGCAAGCGAUAUACAUGAACUAAAUCAGAAACUGGAUAGCAUUAAAUCAGAAAGCAUGAUGCUCCAUCUAAAUCCAAGACUAGAAGAUAUCAGAUCAGAUGAUGUUGCUCCAGAUCUUGAUUCUGAUAUUGUAGGUCGAGAGGUAGAGAAUGACUGCAACAGUCUAAUCCAGCUGCUACAAAGAGAAAAUACUAUUAGCUGUCGUUUAUUUGCUAUAGUAGGAACUAUUGGAGUUGGCAAGACUACUCUUGCUCGAAAGGUAUACCAUAGGGCAGCAGCCAUGUUUGAGACCAGGUUAUGGGUUCAUGUCUCAAAAGACUUGAAGCAAAUGACAAUGUGGUCAGGUGGGAAGUAUACAAAAGCAGAGACUCCAGAGCAACAGGCAUUAUUGCGCACAUGUUUAGAAGGUAAGAAAUUUGUGCUGGUCAUUGAUGAUGUGUGGGGAGAGGAUGUUUGGGAUGGGCUGUUAGAGGUACAAGCACAACAUGGCACCACUGGCAGCAGAGUCCUUAUAACAACCCGAGAUGAGCGUGUUGCUAGGAGGAUGGGGGCUAUUCAUCUUUACCGUGUGAAGUGCCUGAAUGAGGAUGAUGGUUGGUGGUUGCUUCGUACAAAGUCUUUGCUUAACGAGAACACUGGCAACAUGCAAGAUGUUGGAAGACGGAUCGUCCAGAAGUGUAAUGGACUUCCAAUGGCAAUAAGGAGAAUUGGAUGCUAUCUAAGGGAUGUGGAGCCUCAAGAGAAUGACUGGGAGAGAGUCUACUCGAGCAAUUUCUGUGGGAUUUCUAGGAGGAUUCGAAGUACUAUUAAUAUGAGCUAUCUGGAGUUGCCAUAUUACCUGAAGAGGUGUUUUAUAUAUUGUGCUCUGUAUCGAGAGGGAUUUGUGAUCAACCGGCAGUGUAUCACCCGCCAGUGGAUUGCUGAGGGGUUCAUUGUGACCACACAGAACUCAACGCAGCCGCAAUCUACAACACUUGAAGAGGAAGCUGAGAAAUGUUAUGAGGAAUUGCUGGGAAGGGGCCUUCUUCUGCCUGAAAAUGAAGCUUGUGGUGCGGUGGGAGCAAAGAUGCCUCAUCUUUUCAGGUCGUUUGCACUUCUUCAGUCACAAAAUGAGAACUUCACUGGCAAUCCUGAAGAUAUAGGUGAUGUUUUUAAACCAUGUCGCUUAUCCAUCACAAAUGCAAGUGCAGAAGCCAUCCGGAACGGAAUUAAAAAGCUUAAGAGCUUGAGGACAAUUCUCCUGUUUGGGAGUUCACUAAAUGAAAAGUCCAUGAAUGAUAUUUUCCAGAAGUUCACACACAUAAGAGUUCUGGACCUUGGAAAUACACAUAUUGAGUGUGUUACUGUAAGUUUAGGACGGAUGGCACACCUUAGAUAUCUUAGCUUUGCUAAUACUCAAGUUAGAGAAAUUCCUGGUACUAUUGAGAAUCUGAGGAUGCUGCAGUUCUUAAUUCUGAAGAAUUGUGUUCAUCUCAAUGCCCUCCCUGAAUCUGUUGGCCGCCUAAUAAAUUUGAGAAGCCUUGACAUCUCAGGAGCUGGACUAAAUUGUGUGCCAUUCCGAUUCUCCAAGAUGAAAGAACUCAACUGCUUACAGGGUUUUCUUGUAAGGUCAGCUGGUGCACAAAAUAAAAGUGGCUGGAAGUUUCAAGAACUGAGCUCCUUAACUAAGCUGACAAGCCUCCAGAUACUGAGGCUAGAGAGAACACCCAAUGGGGAACAUGCAAGACAAUCAGCACUGGAGGGGAAGUGUCAUCUCAAAGUGCUUGAGUUAAGCUGCAGCACUGAUGACCAACCAGUGGAGAUUAGUAGAGCUGAGAAUAUUAAAGAUGUUUUUGAUGCACUGAAGCCAGGACCUUCUGUUGUCUCUGUCAAGCUGGUAAAUUAUUAUGGACAUGGAUUUCCAUCUUGGUUAUCUCCGUCUGAUCUACCACUGCUGCAGCGGCUGACCCUUGAUGGCUGCCUGUAUUGCCAAUGUUUACCAUCUCUGGGACAGAUGAAGAAUUUGAAGUUCCUUGCGAUAGUUGGUUCCAAUUUGUCAUCUACCAUUGGCCCUGAGUUCCGUGGGACACCAGAAAACGGGGUGGCUUUUCCGAAGCUAGAGCAGUUGAUCAUCAGUAAGAUGAGCAACUUGAAGUCAUGGUGGGGCCUUGAAGGAGGAGAUAUGCCUUCACUCAUAAAUCUCAGGCUUGAUGGAUGCUCCAAGCUGGAUUCACUUCCCCACUGGCUCGAGCAUUGCAUGGCAUUGACAAGCUUACAGAUAGAUCAUGCCGAUAGCCUGGAAGUUAUUGAGAGCUUACCUGCACUUAAACAACUUAGAGUUCAGAGGAACAAAAAGCUGACAAGGAUCUCAAACCUCAAAAGGCUUGAAGAUUUGCAAGUUUUGCAUUGCUUGCUUCUGAAACAUGUACAAGGUGUCCCGUCGUUACACAAGGUUCAUUUAGAUGAAAGAAAUUCAACUGAACUUCCACAUUGGCUCCAUCCACAACCACAAGAACCAUUCAUCCUCAGGAGAUUGGAGAUUGUUGGCGCUGAAGAGCUACUUGACAGAUGCUCAUCUGCUAGUAGCCAAUACUGGUCUGUCAUCCAAAAUGCUGAUCAUGUAUAUGCAAACCUGCCGGAUGGUGCCUUCUACUUCUCCUUCACCAAAAGUACCAGCUACUUCCAUAGGAGUGCGAGGUCCCUUGCACAAUCUUCUUUAUACAUAUCACCUAGCUUCACUAUGCCUGCUGUUCCCAAAGAAGCCGGUGAUGUUAUCUUGUUGGAUGGAACUAAAAACAGCAUCAUGCAGGGCAGCCAAUCUACAAGUCAGUCAUGGGUGCGGACUCAACUUUUCACAUUUCUACUAUUUAUUGCCACCAUUUUGAUGUACCUCAUUUUGUUGGGGAAAUACAUCUAAUACACACAUAAAUUUCUGUUGGGACCUUUUGAUAUAUUUUUAUUUUUUAACCAGUCAUAUACUCGCAUUGUUUUGUAUACUUGUGAAUACUCGUAUUGUCUUGUAAUCUUGUCAAUGGCCAGUUACUUGAGAAAUGUA